AUGACACGGCUUUUUGAGCCCUUACAAAUCGGGAUGUGCUCUCUGAAACAUCGCAUCGUCAUGGCUCCCAUGACGCGUCUCAGGGCCGAUGAUGAGCAUGUUCCGCCAGAGAUGAUGGUAGAAUACUACUCACAGCGGGCUUCUGUUCCUGGGACGCUCAUUAUCACAGAAUCCAAUUUUAUAGCGGCGAGAUCACGUGGAAGGGAUGAAAAUGCGCCUGGUAUUUUCACGCAGGCUCAGAUCGAUCAUUGGCGGCAGGUGACUCGCGAGGUGCAUGACCGAGGUUCCUUCAUAUACGUCCAGCUCUGGCAUGUUGGAAGAGCUGCACGGAAAAGUGCUUUGGAGAAGGCAGGGCUAGAGAUGCUCAGCAGCAGCGCAAUCCCUAUUAGCGCAGAGCAUCCGACACCGCGACCUAUGACGGAAGAAGAAAUUCAGAAUUGUAUCGACGAUUUUGCGCAGGCAGCUGAAAAUGCUAUCGAAGCUGGGUUCGAUGGCGUCGAGAUACAUGGAGCAAAUGGCUAUUUGAUCGACCAAUUCACCCAGGACACAUGCAAUCAACGCACCGAUAAAUGGGGAGGAAGCAUCGAGAACAGAUCGCGAUUUUGCCUCGAGAUUGUCCGUGCAGUCUGCGACGCUAUUGGCCCUGAACGGACGGGCAUUCGUCUGUCGCCUUUCAGUACCUUCCAAGGAAUGCGCAUGGAGGAUCCAAUCCCUCAAUUCACCUAUCUCAUUUCGAAGCUGAAAACCUUCGGUCUUUCUUAUCUCCAUUUGAUUGAACCACGUGUGUCUGGAAACGUGGAUUUACAUUCGAAGACACUUGAGACGGAUAGCCUCGACUUCGCAAGGGCCGCUUGGCAGAAGUGCAGCCCCAUCAUCCUCGCUGGAGGUUAUACACCGGCGACUGCCAGUCAAGCACUUGACACCACUCUCAAGGACGGGGACAUAGCAAUUGCGUUUGGCAGAUUCUUUAUCUCAAAUCCCGACCUGCCAUAUAGAGCUGCGAAGAAUCUGGCCCUGACACCAUAUCAACGCGACACUUUCUACAAAGUCAAGAGCCCGAAUGGCUACAUCGACUACGGAUUUUCUGAAGAAUGGCUACAAGAAAAGGCUUCGAAUCAUACGGGAGAUCUCAAAUAGAUUCAAUUGUCGCUGUAUAGGCAUUAGAAAGCACAUAAAUGAAAUAGAGCGAAUUUGUUGGCAAAA